UUGAGCAGUUCGUACAGAUUAUUCAAAUCAUAAUAAGAAAUUCAGGUGAAUUUUUUAUUAUUUGCUGUCUCCUUUCCAAAAGUUUUCAUUCGGUAAAUGUAAGUUCUUAUCAUCUAGUGCGUGGGAAUUGUUUUGAUGAGUGCAUCGUUCCAAAAAUACGACUGGAAACCGACACGCAGAGCAUGUCAUUGCGUCGAAAAACAGCUUCACUAAAAUCGUGCUACUAUCCGGCCCUCUCUCGUGGUACAUUUCGUUUCGUCGCUAAACCAUUUUAAUAGAACCUGAGACACAUUGGCGCACCACAGAACAAGAUCAUGUCCAAAGAAAAAGAAACUAUUUGGAGACGUAGCAAAACUUCUGACGCUCCAAAUGAUAAUGCUGUAAUUCCUCUAAGGAAAGAAAUGAAGAAAAACUUCAGUCAAGGUUUACCCACACCAGCACCUAAACUUAGUGCAAAAAAGACUUCUCGUGGAGGAAAAAUCACCAAUGAUUUUAUAGGACCUGAAUCUACGGCUAAAAAUUGUAGUCGAGGCGGUGGUGACUCAAGCUGGCUACACUCUCAGUUCUCUAAUUUAACGCCAAUCAAGCAAACAUCACGGCGAAGGGCUUGUGGAGAUCAAAGUGAUUCAGAAGCAUUUCUUAGUCAGGAUGAAAGUAGUAACGAUCCUGUGAAAUCUAGUCACCUAUUCAGUUCACUCUCUCCUGAAAUCAAUCUUCAGAGAAUGGGAUACUCUGUAAGCGACACCAUUGAUUGGGACAAGAUACAGCUGCCUCCUAAAUCAGAUCUCCACAAACAAAUUCAUUUUAGGAUAACUAAUUGCAUUAAUCCAGAUGUUUUAAUUCGAAUAGGAACAAGUGAAUUCCGCUAUCACAUGCUAGUUUUACAAUCCUACUCUUCUUUUUUUGAUGAGAAGUCAACAAGGCAGAUUGAACUACCAGAGAAUAUGGUAUCAAAAGAAGCUUUUGCAUGUAUUUAUGAUUGGAUGCUUCAUUUAAGUCAAGACAGCUAUCAUCUUUUAAGAAGGGAUAACAUUCUAGGCAUAUUCUCGGCGGCCCAAUAUUUAGGCAUAAAAGAAUUAGAAGAGCAGUGUUGGGCAUUCAUAAGCAAUGAAGAGCUUUUUAACGAAGAUACUGCAUUUUUACUCUACCUUGAUGCUCGCAAAUCCGAUAAUGUUGCCGUCAUGGAUUUGAUGGUGCCCCGAAUCCAAAGAUUUUUCCUCACCCUUGUUAGCUCCAAAGAUUGGUUAGAAUUGUCCAUAGAAGAAGUUUGCAUGUUUUUAAGCUCAAAUUACAUAUCUGUUCAUUGUGAAAUGGAAGUAUUUAUGUCUGCUGUUCGAUGGUUAAUGCACGAUUGGACCAAAAGAGCUGCCUAUUUAGUGAAAGUAAUGGGAUGUGUAAGGUUUGGGUUAAUAGCACCUUGGCAAUUGGUUGAUAUCAGAAGGAAUUCUGAUUCUCCUGAAUUCAUCGAAGUCACAAAAAAUCCUGUAGUUCAGCAAUUCGUCGAGGAUGGCUUAGCUUUUGCCAUUAUUAAGUAUUGGUACGUUCAUGAAUCAAGAGAUUAUUAUCAUUGGAUUGACUCACUAAGACUCACAGAGCCUUCUCAAAGAAAUUGGAUCGGCUCAGACAAAAGUUUCUCAUCGUACCGUGAAUUCUUGAAUGAUCUGGAUCUCUAUCGGCGACCGAGUUCUACGCAAAAGAAGAAGGAUAAUUUGCCAAGCGGAGAUUUUUCUGAAGAAGACAGCUCUGUGUCUGACGCCACUUCAACGUCCGUGAAUUCUGGUUUGUUGUCAGCAAGAAAACGGAUCCCAAGGAAAAAUGCCCCAGUACCAUCUCUUGCUGAAUACUUUGCUGCUCACAGGAAUGGAGCUGAGUUCUUGAAAUUAAAGAAAAACAUUGAGAAAAGAAAAUUGAAGUUGAUGGGCCAAUCAGAGCUUAAACCUGUCAGGGAAGUCAAGGCUGAAAAUUCUGGAAGCAGCAGUAAAAUGACGAAAAAGAUUGAUGCGGAUGCAGAAGAGCCAUUUAAAAAACUCCCUAACGCUACUGAGAACUAUGAUGCAAGAAAUAAUUUCAAACCUACAUAUUCUUUACUCACAGCAGAAAAAGACAUUGACAACGCAGCAUCUCAUGAAAUAAGUAUCAAAGCUGAAAGUUUAUCAAGUGUUGAAUUAUCUAAAAUCUUAGACAAGCAAAACAAAAGGUUAGAACCAGAAUCAUAUCAGAAACAAACCAAUCAAACAACAGCCGGGGCCAUGUCCAACAAAAUAUUCUCCAAUAUAUCGUCAAGAAUCCCGGAUGAAAAUAUCAGAUCAAUUUUAGAUGGCUCCACCUUCUCUUCUCUGAAUUUUGAUUUUCCAAGAAGACAGAACCAUCCAUCAAAUUUUCAAGGUCUGAAAACCAAGAAUUCUUGUAACAUUUCUCAGAAUGAUGUAUCGAAAAUUCAAGAGGAAUUUGAACGGAAAGUCAAAGCUGCAACCAAAAUCCAAGCUGUUUUCCGUGGUUAUGUAGCCCGGAAAUUUGUAAAAUUGUUGCGACUAAAAUUGAUAACAACUAAGUGUGGCUCCUCAGAUAGGAAAAAGAUUGAAACAAUCACAGAACGGGGUAAAAAGUCUUGGAUGAAAAACCAAGUAAAUGCCGGUGAGCCAAACUUGAAAGCUACCUCUGAAACACUGCCUACCUCGAGUCAAAUCUUACCGGAUGCUGUGAAAAAUAACUUCAUCGAUCUUCAUUUUAAUCACAAGCAAAAUGAUCUGAGGAAUAAGAGUCCUGUGAUGCAUCAACGAAGUUAUUCGGAUGAAGGAUCAUUAUUCUUUGCUCAUCAAGAGGCCAUUUUAGUUUUUGGUGGAAUAGACCCUCACAGACCGUACGGCAUUGAUCGGAAUACUGGCAAGAAUGCCUUCCGCUACGUUCCAAGCGAAAAUACUUGGGAGUUCAUAACUGAAUUACCUGAACCAAGGCACCACCACUCCGUUGCUUUCUUAAAAGGAAGAAUCUACGUUGUAGGUGGUGCAAAUCCUCGUGAGUGUGACCCUAAAACUAAGUUUAAAAUAGUCUCAACUGUUUGGAGUUUUGAACCAGUCACUUUAGCUUGGUUCACGGAAACCCCUAUGAAAAUAGCAAGAAAAAAUUUUGGCUUAGUGCCUAUGAGCGGGAAACUUUUUGUGAUUGGUGGUCAAGACAAAUAUCAAAGAAUAUUAUCAAACGUUGAAAGAUUUGAUCCUCAAACCGGAGUAUGGGAAGAAAUGGCUCCAUUAGAAGUUGGGCGAAUGGGAGUGGCUGCUGCUCAAUACAAAGAUCGUAUCUGGGUCUGUGGCGGAAUGACCUGUGCCAAAAAAUCUAUUUUAUCCCAACGAGUUGACUAUUAUGAUACUCAGAACAAUAUGUGGACUCAAUGCUCCCCGUUGCGUUUUCCGCGCUGUUUUGGCGUUUUAUUUCCGAAAGGCGACUCUCUUUAUUUCAUUGGUGGCGCAGGACGUCAGAAUGAAAAGGAAACUACAACUUAUAGUAUCAGUGCCAUUGACUCUUGGGAUGAUUUGAAGAAGGAAUGGUAUCUUGAGACUGAAAUGGCUAUUCCACGUCAUGGACACUCAGUUUGUUAUUUAGGCUCUCAAAUUUUGAUCCUUGGCGGAGUCACAACAACCCGUAUGUGCGCUUUGAGCAAUGUUGAAAGCUGGUGUCCCCAAAGCUCAGUUUGGAUCGGUGGCUUUGCAAACUUGCCAGGAGCUCUCUCUGGACAUGGUUCCGUGACCUUGCCACCAGCCUCUAUUGUAUGAAAUUAUUUUUAAGUUUUACAUUUUAUUUAGCUCCCAAUUUUUGAAGAGGGCUAAAAAAAGUAACAAGUUUGGGUAGAUUGAUAAAAGGGACUGAAGGAUAGUCAGAAGUGGAAUCGUUUCUUGAUUGGCUGUAGGCAGCUUUAUGUCACUGCAGCAUCCUUCCGCAUUCCGCUCCGUUGCUCUAUUCCCUUUCUUGCCAUACUAAACAGUCUUCAGUGUGGAGGGCAACGGUGAACCGCCCAUAGUGAUGUAAGAAGGUGACAUCUCUUUUGCUCCUAUCUAGGUCAGUCUUUCAAACACAUCGAAUCAGAAGUAUUUUUUUAGUUUAUUGACAUACUUCCUAGAUUUGAACUCAACAUCAAUAUUUAGGCGGUUGACCCCUGUGAGUAACUCGUUAAUUUAACUGUUUAACAACAGUAUAAUUUAAGAUUCUUGAAUCCUAGACUGAUCAAUUCUGUACUCUGGUAUAAAAUUAUAGCACCGCUAGGAAUUAAAAGCAAUUAGGCAGUAAAAUUAAUGAUUUUCUAAUUAAAGGCUUACAUACUUUUGCAUACCUUGGUUUGCGCUCACUCUACUCCAUGUAUAUCAUAAAAUAUUCUUGUUGACAUAUUGUUGUACGGUGUACCCUUGUUCAGUCUCAUAUUUCUUUGUCUUUUGAUCUUUCCGUUUUUUAAUGCUAAGCUCAUGAGUUUUAGCACUUUUAAAUGGCUGAAUGAUGUGAAAAACUGAACCUUUUUCACUUUUCCCUAAUCUAUUAUAAUCAGAAGUUAUAUUAUCACCAGGUCUAUUAUAGAAUUAGCCGAUUUGAAAACUGGGUUAAUUAUUAUUAUUACUUACAAUCCAAGGGAAGUUGUUCCUAGGUCUCGAUACUGUUACUUUUGUCUAAGUAUUGCGCCAACAUGAUUCUUAUAAUUUAUUCAUACUUUAAAAUAAUUAAUCUGUGCUUUUCAUACUUUCUAUUUUACUUGUUCUUGUAAAAAGUUCAAUAAAACUGUCUUUCAAAUUCAAA